AUGAAUAUCCGCAAUGCCCGGCCGGAUGAUCUGAUGAACAUGCAGCACUGCAACCUGCUCUGCCUUCCCGAGAACUACCAGAUGAAGUACUACUUCUACCACGGCCUCUCCUGGCCGCAGCUUUCCUACAUCGCCGAGGACGAGCACGGCAAGAUUGUGGGCUAUGUCCUGGCCAAAAUGGAGGAGGACCCCGAUGAUGUCCCCCACGGACACAUCACCUCACUGGCCGUGAAGCGCUCCCACCGGCGCCUCGGCCUGGCCCAGAAGCUGAUGGACCAGGCCUCGCGGGCCAUGAUCGAGAACUUUAGCGCCAAGUACGUGUCCCUGCACGUCAGGAAGAGCAACCGGGCGGCCUUGCACCUCUAUUCCAACACCCUCAACUUUCAGGUUAGUGAAGUGGAACCCAAGUACUAUGCAGAUGGGGAAGAUGCUUAUGCCAUGAAGCGGGAUCUCUCGCAGAUGGCAGAUGAGCUGAGACGAGAGCUGAAGGAGAAGGGCGGGUUUGUGGUGCUGGGAUCCAGAGAGAACCAAGAUACCCUGGGCAGCGUGCUUCCUGGUUCCAAAGAGGCCUGUCAGCAGGAGACCCCAGCUGCUGCUGAUAGUGGCACUGACGUCCAGGACACCUCAGAAGACUUGGAUCCCACCUCCUAG